AUGUCGCUCCCUCGCUCACUUGGCCGCUGUUUCUCAUCUUCAGCACGAUGCUUACUUCCUCCACAGAACGGACAAAACGCACCCUUUCAUCUUCCACCAGCCCUCACAGCAUCGCUACCAUCAGCAGAUGGACACUCGGCACUACCAAAACCCUUCCCGGAACUGCCUUCAGACCACCAAAUCCGUCCUCGCCAAACUAACCCGGAAUUAUCCCCGCUCUCUGCCCGCUCCGCACGCACAAUAUCCACAGCCUCAUCAGCCGAUGCAGCUUACAUCCUUUCUCUCUCCCAGCUCUCAGCUGCCGUCGCGCGCCGCUCUCGAGCGCUCGAUCUUCCCCAGGCUAAAACGGGACCCUGGGAUCUGCCGAGCGAGAAUCAGCUUGAAUUGGCGAGGAGAUUGCUUAAGAAAGGUGUACCAGUUGGAGGGUUGCGGGUAGAUAUGUCAAAAACUCAAUUGGGUAAUUGGAUCGCUGAGGCAAAAAAACAUGUCCCACCUGUCCACCGGUCAAAAUCUGUGCACCUCACUGAGCCAGAACUCGUAGAAGCAUACACGAAUCUCGGAUUUUCCUUUCCAGACGAGUACGAAAAGCUCAUCCCCCAGGAACGGGGACACUGGGUGCGUCGAGCGAGGGACCUUCUCGGCAUGCCUCUCAAUCCUAUCCAAAAGGGACAGCGCGCAACCCGACGCGGUCUGGCGCUCGCCCAUGAUCUCUCCCGCGCCCUCUCCCUCCCCUUGCCCUUCUCCCCAUCCAACGCAACCCGUGCUGAAGUGUCAGAAUACAUCACUUCCGCCCGCCUUCUCGCUCAUGCAAAAGACAUUCCAGUACUCCGCCAGAUCAAGCAAAAGAACGAAGAUCUCGAGGCGACAGGACAUUUGCGCAGGUUAGCAGAGAGUCUGGGAAUCAACAGCAAGGGUAAGAAGGCUAAGGAAGUACAUGGGGAAGUGGAGGCUAAGCUCAAGAGUGGCAUGCAGCGGCGGCGGGAGGAGACAGAGAGUGAGAAGAAGGGAAUGGGAGAGUUGGCUGCAUUCGUAAGAAGCUUCGAGGAAAGAGGCCCAGAAGAAGAGGAGCGUGCAGACGAGGCGCUGACGAAUUGA